CCGCCGCCUCCGCUCUCCCCGACUGCAGGCGGCGUGCGCGCAGGACGAGCGGCGGUGGCGCUGCAGGCGGCUGGACUCGGCGCGGCUCCUCCUGGGCGCGACCCCUGAGCGCGCCCGCCGCGCGACGAUGAGGGCGCGGCCGCAGGUCUGCGAGGCGCUGCUCUUCGCCCUGGCUCUCCAGACCGGCGUGUGCUAUGGCAUCAAGUGGCUGGCACUGUACAAGACUCCGGCGGCCCUGGCGCUGAACCAGACGCAACACUGCAAGCAGCUGGAGGGCCUGGUGUCCGCACAGGUGCAGCUGUGCCGCAGCAACCUGGAGCUCAUGCACACCAUCGUGCACGCCGCCCGCGAGGUGACCAAGGCCUGCCGCAGGGCCUUCGCCGACAUGCGCUGGAACUGCUCCUCCAUCGAGCUCGCCCCCAACUACCUGCUUGACCUGGAGAGAGGGACCCGGGAGUCGGCCUUCGUGUAUGCGCUGUCGGCCGCUGCCAUCAGCCACGCCAUCGCCCGGGCUUGCACCUCCGGCGACCUGCCCGGCUGCUCCUGCGGCCCCGUCCCAGGUGAGCCACCCGGGCCCGGGAACCGCUGGGGAGGAUGUGCGGACAACCUCAGCUACGGGCUCCUCAUGGGGGCCAAGUUUUCCGAUGCUCCUAUGAAGGUGAAAAAAACAGGAUCCCAAGCCAAUAAACUGAUGCGUCUACACAACAGUGAAGUGGGGAGACAGGCUCUGCGCGCCUCUCUGGAAAUGAAGUGCAAGUGCCAUGGGGUGUCUGGCUCCUGCUCCAUCCGCACCUGCUGGAAGGGGCUGCAGGAGCUACGGGACAUAGCUGCUGACCUCAAGACCCGCUACCUAUCGGCCACCAAGGUAGUGCACCGACCCAUGGGCACCCGCAAGCACCUGGUGCCUAAGGAUCUGGAUAUCCGGCCUGUAAAGGACUCGGAACUUGUCUACCUACAGAGUUCACCUGACUUCUGCAUGAAGAAUGAGAAGGUGGGCUCCCACGGGACGCAAGACAGGCAGUGCAACAAGACAUCCAACGGCAGCGACAGCUGCGACCUCAUGUGCUGUGGGCGCGGCUACAACCCCUACACAGACCGUGUGGUCGAGCGGUGCCACUGCAAGUACCACUGGUGCUGCUAUGUCACCUGCCGCAGGUGUGAGCGCACCGUGGAGCGCUACGUGUGCAAGUGAGGCCGCGCGCUCCGCCCCACGCAGGGCGCAGACUCUGCCCGAGGACCCUCAGCGGCCAGGGCCGGGGGCCUGGAGACUCUCCGUGGAGUUUCGCUUGUGAAUUCCAGAUGCCUGGCGUGGGAGGUGGCCCGUGCUUUGCCUGCACUUGUAAGCCACCAGGAACGGAAGGCCUGGCCACCCUGGAAGGAGAGCCGGGACAUCAAAGGAAACCGACAAGAUUAAAAAUAACCUGGCAGCCCGAGGCCCCGGCGUGCCCACAGGCUGGUCUAAGAAUCCAGGGGCAUGGGCUUGCUGAAGCUGGUGUGGACUUGACCUUUCAGGGCCAGAGAGCCCAGCCUCCGGGAGGGGUCUGCCCGCUCUCUUCAGAACGUCUGCGGGACCCCCAGCCCACCCCAGGGUCUGAACCUGCUGGGCCCACCACAUGGAACCACUAGCUUGGGUUGUAAAUGUGUUUUUGUUUUUUGUUUUUUUCUUCCUUUGGGAUGUGGGAGCUACAGAAAUAUUUAUAAAACAUAGCUUUGUCUUUGGGGCGGCUCUCCUCAAUUCCUCUUUAUAUAUUUUAUAUAUAUAAAUAUAUAUAUAAUGAUCUAUAUUUUAAAACAAGCUUUUUAAACAGCCAUAUGAAAUAAACGCUGAGCGAAGCCCAGCCCGCCCCUGCAGUUUCUGGCCUCCUCAAGUGAACUCAGCGGCUUGCGGCGCUGGUGGGGGGGGGCGGGGGACUCUCCAGUUUCCAGGCA